AUGGGGCCUCAACGAUCCCGGUGGCGAUGUCCAAAGCGUGACGGACCGGGUCAAAUUGAGGAGCUUGCUGUGGAGAUAGGUUUCCGGUUCGUGAACCGAAUGUCUCACCUGGCGACUCCAGACUUGAGUCCCGGAACCACAGCCAUUCAACGGGAUUCGAAAUGCCAAGGCUCGAAGACCUCUGGGACAUGGAACAGUACUUUAAGGCUGUUCGUGCCCCUUUUGACGACCAAGGCACAAUGGCAACAAUCUAUCUCUCUGGGGAUGCGAAGAAUAUUUGAAACGACUUUCGAACCAUCACACGGAUUCCGACCCAACUACCGUAAGAACAGAAUGGAAGGGCAAAAAAGGAUUCUAUGCGCAGACGUGAAAGCUCUAUCAAUAGAAAGAUUCUAG